GGUGCGAAUCUCCGUGGAAAGGCGCUCCUGAACCCGGAAGCUGAAUUACCCCCUCUCGUCGAUGCAAAGACUGGAGAUACAAUUGAGUCCUUCCCCAAGGAUCUCGAGGCAUUUUAUCAGCUGAAUGUCUCAGAAAUGCUUUAUAUCCUUCGUGCUCUCGAUUUAAGAGCAGAGAAAGUCGGUGUUAUUACAGCCCAAGAGACUCUGAGGAAUAUAUUUAUAUAA